AUGCCGGGCUGGAAAGACGAUUAUCUCUCUUCGAUACUAGAAGCUGAGAAGAACAGCCCCGUCAACCAGGAGCUCGUCGAUGCCUGUUCACUCCUCAACGAUCGCAUAGCAGCCCUCGAGGCCGAGAAGGCCCACUGGCAAUUAUCGACGCCGUCACAACCCAACACACAACAGAAAACGACCAUAGAAACCCCCGCGGCCUCAUCAUCAUCAUCAGCAGCCGCCGCCGACCCCACCCAGUCCCGCCUGCGCACCGACCUAGCCGAAGCCCUCCGGCAGAAGUCCUCCCUGGAGGCUCGCCUCCGCAAGGCGACCAGCGAGCGCGACGCCCUGCAGGCGACGCAGCGGUCGCAGUCCCGCGCCGUGCGCGAGCUGUCGGGCGAGCGGGACGCGCUGCGGCUGCGGGUGGGCGACCAGGCCGAGGAGCUGCGCGGCAAGAAGCAGAUGCUCGAGCAGGUGCAGGACGAGGUGCUGGCCCUCGAGCUGCAGCUCAACGUGGCCGAGCAGCAGAAGGCCAAGAUCGCCGCCGAGAACAAGCAGCUCAUCGAGCGCUGGAUGAGGAGGGCCCGCCAGGAGGCCGACGACAUGAACGCCGCGAAUGAGAAGGGGCCGUGA